AUGGCCUUGCGUGAGGGUUUCGUGUCUAAGGGCAGCGAGGACGGCUCCUUCCUGUGGAUGGUGAAGCGCGACCCGCCCUCCUACUUCUUCGGCACCAUCCACGUGCCGUACACGCGCGUGUGGGAGCACAUCCCCAACAACACCAAGCGCGCCUUCCACCUCAGCGACAACGUGUUCUUCGAGCUCGACCUCACCGACCCCUACACCAUCUCCGCCCUCACCACCUGCCAGCUCCUGCCGCAGGGGGAGAACCUCUCCGACGUGCUUCCCGGAGAGCUGUACACCCGCCUGAAGCGUCACCUCGCGUACGUCAAGUCCCAGAUGCCUCGCUGGAUGACGCCGGACCAGCGCGGACGAGGACUGUACGCUGACUACCUCUUCAAUGCCAUCACUGGCAACUGGGAGAGGAAGCGCCCCGUGUGGGUGAUGCUGAUGGUCAACUCCCUGACGGAGAGUGACAUCCGGAGCCGAGGAGUGCCUGUGCUUGACCUGUACCUGGCGCAGGAGGCGGAGCGACUCACGAAGCAGACGGGGGCGGUGGAGAAGGUGGAGGAACAGUGCGUCCCUCUCAACGGGCUAAACUUCUCGCAGGUGGUGUUCGCCCUCAACCACACGUUGUCGCAACAGGAGAUCUUGCGCGCCGGAGAUGGUCGCUUGACCUUCACCACAGAUGACCUCAUACGCCACUAUAACUGCGGUGACCUCGAUGCUGUGAUCUUCUCUCAGGACACCACACAGGUAGUCCCCCACCUCGGCAACUCGUCCCUGCCCCCUGUCGACGCCGCCACGGCCACGCACAUCGACGAGUACUUCCGGGAGGAGCUCAUCUACCGCCGCAACCAGCGCAUGGGCGAGCGCGUCGUCGAGAUCCUCAAGGCCAACCCCGACCAGAGCUUCUUCUUCGCCUUCGGGGCCGGUCACUUCCUGGGGAACCACACGGUGCUCGACGUGGUUCGCGCCAGCGGAAUGCCGGUCCUGCACGUGUCGCCCGAGAUGCGCCUCAAGAGACACAAGCGCCGGAAGGGCCACAGGGGGGGGAUAGUGCCAGAGCCAUCCGUGCUGAAGGAUUUCCUCACCUCCAAUACUCUCGACGCCGAGCACCAACACGACCCCGCUUUCGCCAAGUUCCUCUCUGAGCAAGCAGCCGGGGGCGGGGCCAGAAGACAUAGGGGACCGCCCACAACCAGCGAGCCCUCGAGAAAACACGCCCAUUUCAAUGACCUCUGGGUCAGAAUAGAUCCAGAGCCGCUAGGGCCGAACGACCCCGCUUCCCCGAACUCGGAGGGCACCACCAGCGUGCCCGUCGACUCCCGCGACGCCCAGCUGGUGCGGGAGUCCCUCCGGAUAUGGUAUGGCCUCCCCUCCGACGACGACAACAGCAGCGGCGCCCGUGCCCCAACGCCCGUCCUCCUGUUGUUGGGGGUGCUCCUGGCCCUCCUCGCCUGCUGCUGGAGGACCUCCUUGCACUCGGGGCAGACGAUCAUGAGGUGAUUGCGAGGCGACCGCGACGCUUAACCAAACCUCAGCCACGUAACUAACAAUCCUCCACAUAAAGGGGUUUCGAAUCCCCCUUGCGCGUACACAAGAGCGUGCUCCACAGCGGUUCAUCGGGCGUUUGAAUCCCAUUAAUAGGAAGUUUGUUAGUUACCAACCUCACUCAGCCAUCCAAGGUAACCGACCAGUCUUCUCCGGCCUGUACAGCAGCAUAAUCUGAAGCCAUCCAGCCUGCCGACCCAAGUUCAGCCUGCAGUCGAUCACCAAUAGAGAAAGAGCGAGGGAGAGAGAAGAAAAGACGCGAGGAAGAGAGAUAGAAGAGAAGAGAAAGGAAAGAGAGAUAUGGAUACUGAAAGGGAGAAAGUGAGAGAGAAAGAGAGAGAGCGCGAAAGAGAGAGAGGUACAGAUAGACAGAUAGGGAAGAAAGAUAAAGAGAGAUAAAGAAAGAGAGAUGAAGAACGAGGCAGAGAAAAUAAAAACCUAAAACACAAAGAAAGCAGAGACUUGAACACCGAGCCAUAGAUUGUAUUCUCAGGAGCUCACGACUAUAACGAAUAAUAUUUACGCGAAGGAAUCAAACGCUCGCCCGCUAUGCAUCGCUUGGUGUUCAGUAUUCUGUCAAGGCAUUUAGGGCUUUAUGGUCUCGUCGCAUAAGUGUUGGAAUUGUGUGACUUUUAAUCGGCAUUGUAGGUGAGACGAUUUCAUGUAUUUUUUUUUCAAAACGUAGAUUUGUGAUUUAAAGUAUAAGUUAUUCGAUAAAUUAUUAAUAAAUUAUAAAGUAAAUGUUAAAGUAGUCGGAUACGUACCGAAGUUAAUGAAGUAUUAAUAGGAGGAUAAAUACGGUAGAAAAAAAAAAAAAUCCGAAAUUUCACACGUCCGUAGAUAUAAAAAAAAAAUUUACAAGUCAUUUGUCUUGAUCGUUUUCUGUGAACGAUAUUUCGAAAGAUGCAGAUAUGGUAUUUUAAUAUUGGUGUUUUAUUUUAUUGUUUUUUUUUUUCCUUCUUAAUCUUUCCUUUGCGCAUACACUUUUAGAUAUAUCUAUAGUUUUAGUGUAAACAAAGGCAGAAUAUUAUAUUCUUGCGAUAGCAGUGUAAUUCUUUGAUUCGUCCGUUGAGAAUCGAUUCUUACAUGAAUGAUAAUAAUCUUCAGUAUCCUAAGAUCAGGAGGACUUUGACUAUUAUUAAAUCAUCAUGAUUUUUUUUCGACCAUAGUGUAAUGUGAUUUGUAGAAGCAUCAUCUUGUUGAUAACUUAUUACUUUUCAGACAUUUCAUUGUGAUAUUGGUGCCGAUGCGUCAGAAAUACGAACAUUUUUUUUUAUAUAUAUGUAAGUCAGCAAUCGUCUUUUUUUUCCUAUUUUGCGGUAUAAGGUCGUCGGUUUAUCACGUAAUACGAGACAGAUGCUUUAUAUUUUAUAUGAUUCUGUCACGGUGUCAUGACGCAAAACGUAUUUAAAAUUAGCUGUAUGACAAUCUUGAAUCUUGAAGUCCUUCCGAAGACAAGUACAGUUGCUACAAUUCUGUUCUUUAAAUUCUUGUACCUCGACAUCUGCUCUCUCUUUCGUUCAUGGACUUAGAGUUUGAAAAAAAAAAAAAAUAGAAUGAAAACAUGAAUAGAAACACUAAAGAAAGAAAGAAAGAAAAAUGAAUGAAAAUAAGGGUAGAAAUACUGAAGAAACAGACCAUCACCGUAACUCACUUCACAGACACGUGUGGUGUGUAAUUCCUCAUUCCAGCCUUGUGUAUCCAGUGCACCGUAAACUCCGUCUCGCAAUGUACAGGGGUUAGUUGCAAGAAACAAAUGCAUAUAAGAGGUAUUUUACUUUUGAUGCCGAUUACGUCUACUGUGUGUCAAAAGGAUCAGAGUGUGUAUAUUUAUGUAGAAUUAUCAUUAUAUGGAUAGUUCGUAAGGAUUCUUCCGUCGUCAAGGUUUAGUACGUACUGUUUAUUAUAAAAUGUAAAUAUUAUAGUUUUAUCGGCGAAUUCGAUGUCUGCAGGUGGUUACAUGCACGUUGUAAUCGAUGCAAGGGUGGGUGUUCAUUACUUGCAUUGGAGGUGUAUCAUAAACUAGAAUGGUAUUGUACUAAGAAGCGUGUCGUUUUGCAUGAAUUAAGCCAUAGUCAUUCGUGUGCCAUAUAGAGGAGAAAUCGGCUGAUGUUGUAAAGGAAUACUCACUGAACUAAAAACAAAGUGUUGUUACUGGGUUUGAAAUUUUGUACUGCAGGUCCAAGGAGUCAUCAUGAUUGUAUGUGGAGGAAAGUUAGUGAAAUGAAACCGUUUUCUUUUCGAGGAAAUAGCACGAAAUUGUUAGUUUGUAUUCUUAGUGAAACUUGUACUGUGAGUUUGAUGCUUUAACGAAGUCAUUCAUUAAUUGAAGUAAUUAUCAAUUUAGCGUUGUUAACUGCCAGUUCGAUUUGAUGAAAUUUAGUCUGGCGUAGAAGACAAAUUUAGUUAUCAGGAAGAAAUGGGUGUUUUCUGCUUUCAUACUUUGGCAACAUUUUUUAAUGUAACAUGUUUUUGAAAAUGUUCCUUGUUCGUGUGACUUUAAUUGCAGAUGCUGAUUUUAGGUGGUCUUAGAAAAUGUCAGCCUUUGAUGUGAACACUAAUAUUUUGUACUGUAGUGUAGAAGUUAAAACAUUUAUACAAGAUAAACGAAACUGCAGUCAGUAUUAUUUCUUCAUAAACCAUACGACUCACUGGAACAGACAAUCAAAUGCAGUUGUUUCAGCAGAGUCUCGUUGCCACUAUAGUGUUCAAAAAGGGAGCCUGCAAGUUUUGAAAAACUCGCGACCUAUUGAAGCGUUGAAAAGAAGCUCAUUUUAACGACAUGACUCAUCAGAUACCUCUUCGGUAUAAGAUUGUUCUCUGUCUGUGCCACAGGUGCUCAGUGCUAGCGCGAAAACCUAUGUAGAUUUACAUGUUUGUUUAUUAACCUACAGUUGUACAGUCCCCUCCCCCUUUUCCGUUGUUUAUGCAAGACUUUUGCACACGUUUCCCAUUUAUAACUAACUGCCAACGGAGUGAAGAAAUUAUAACUUGCACGUAAUGUUUAGUGACGUGUUUCAUUAUUUUAAUUAUCAACGUAAAGCUGUACAGAAAUACAGGUGUGUUUUAUGUUGAUAUCUACCUGAUGUGGAUGUAGUUAGAGGUAGGCAGAUAGGACAAUGGGUGCAGAACGUAUGUAUACUUUUUUAUGUUGCCCCAUAUUGGGGAUGUCACAUUGGGCUCCAUCGCUAUAUACCUCAGAAUGUAGGGGUCAUUUUGAGUACCCAUAAUGUAUACACUAGUUUCAUAUACUGUAACUAAUAUUAUUUACUUAUAAAUGAUUAUUUCCCAGGACACAUACACACACACACACACACACACACACACACACACACACACACACACACACACACACACACACACACACACACACACACACACA